GAUGGGGACGAAACCCGCAGAGCAGGUCUCCUGGGGCCCCUACUCUGGGGAGGAUGAGGAGGCAUACUCUGCGGAACCGUUGCCAGAGCUCUGCUACAAGGCGGAUGUCCAGGCCUUCAGUAGGGCCUUCCAACCCAGUGUCUCCCUGGUGGUGGCUGCACUGGGUCUGGCUGGCAAUGGCCUGGUCUUGGCCACGCACCUGGCCGCCCGACGGGCUGUCCGAUCGCCCACCUCCGCCCACCUGCUCCAGCUGGCCCUGGCCGACCUUUUGCUGGCCCUAACCCUGCCCUUCGCUGCAGCAGGGGCUCUGCAGGGCUGGAGUCUGGGAAGUGCCACCUGCCGCGCCAUCUCCGGCCUCUACUCAGCCUCCUUCCACGCCGGCUUCCUCUUCCUGGCCUGUAUCAGCGCCGACCGCUAUGUGGCCAUCACGCGGGCUCUCCCCGCAGGACCGAGGCCCUCUGCUCCGGGCCGCGCGCACAUGGUCUCAGCCAUCGUGUGGCUGCUGUCGCUGCUCCUGGCGUUGCCUGCUCUCCUUUUCAGCCAGGACGGGCAGCGGGAAGGCCAGCGGCGCUGCCGGCUCGUCUUCCCCGAGGGUCUCACGCAGACGGUGAAGGGGGCAAGCGCCGUGGCGCAGGUGGUCCUGGGCUUCGCGCUGCCGCUGGGCGUCAUGGCCGCCUGCUACGCGCUCCUGGGCCGCACGCUGCUGGCCGCCAGGGGGCCGGAGCGCCGGCGUGCGCUGCGCGUCGUUGUGGCCCUGGUGGUGGCCUUCGUGGUGCUGCAGCUGCCCUACAGCCUCGCCCUGCUCCUCGAUACGGCGGACCUGCUAGCUGCACGCGAGCGGAGCUGCCCUGCCAGCAAGCGCAAGGACCUGGCGCUGCUGGUCACCGGAGGGCUGGCCCUGGCCCGCUGCGGCCUCAACCCCGUGCUCUACGCCUUUUUGGGCCUGCGCUUCCGCCAGGACCUGCGGAGGCUGCUGCGGGGUGGGAGCUGCAGCCCAGGGCCUCACCCCCGCGGCCGCUGCCCCCGCCGGCCCCGCCUCUCUUCCUGUUCGGCUCCCACUGAGACCCACAGUGUCUCCUCCUGGGGCGACUAGGGCUGCGAAUCAAGGAGGGGAGGACGGGAUUCCAGGGAGGGUAGUGGGAAAGGGGAGUUGGGGGGGGGACUGAGACGGAGGUAGGGACCUAAAGGAAUUGCUUCUGUACUUUGCCACAUUAAAUUGAUAACAUGGAAAUGAGAUA